GAGACAGAGUGAAUGUAGAAGCUCAAAAUGCCUGGACGAUUUCUGAUUUCUGUCCCUCCUUUUCCUGCCCUUUGGCCCCACUGCCUGAUUCGGAUGAUGUGAUAUUCAGAGGGACACCUUAAUCAAAGUCAUCCUUCAGAGAGACACUUCUGGCCAAAGACCGUGUCCACACCAUUCAGGAUGGCCAGUCAGCCGCUGGAAGAUGGGGCAGACUCUCAGGUCUCCGACGAGCUCGAGUGUAAGAUCUGUUACAAUCGGUACAACCUGAAGCAGAGGAAACCCAAAGUGCUGGAGUGCUGUCACAGGGUCUGUGCCAAAUGCCUCUACAAGAUCAUAGACUUCGGGGACUCCCCACAAGGCGUCAUCGUCUGCCCUUUCUGCAGGUUUGAGACCUGUCUGCCGGAUGAUGAAGUCAGCAGCCUGCCGGAUGACAACAACAUCCUGGUAAACUUGACUUGCGGAGGCAAAGGCAAGAAGUGCCUGCCGGAAAACCCUACCGAGCUGCUGCUGACCCCCAAGAGGCUGGCGUCUCUCGUCAGCCCUUCUCACGCUUCCUCCAACUGCCUGGUCAUAACCAUCAUGGAGGUGCAGAGAGAGAGCUCCCCGUCUCUGAGCUCCACUCCUGUGGUCGAGUUCUACCGGCCUGCAAGUUUCGACUCUGUCACCACCGUGUCCCACAACUGGACCGUGUGGAACUGUACAUCCCUGCUGUUUCAGACGUCCAUCCGGGUGCUGGUUUGGCUGCUGGGUUUGCUGUACUUCAGCUCCUUACCCCUAGGGAUCUACUUACUCGUGUCUAAGAAGGUCACCCUCGGGGUCGUCUUUGUCAGCCUCGUCCCUUCGAGCCUUGUCAUCCUCAUGGUGUACGGUUUCUGCCAGUGCGUUUGUCACGAGUUUCUAGACUGCGUGGCCCCUUCUUCUUAACCGAUGCGCAAACUAGGAAAUUUGACACCCGUUGCCACCUUUGAAGUUAGGUCACCCAUCAUUUGUUUAUUUUGUAUUUCUCUGCGAGGAGCGUCCGUGACCUUAACGAAGCCGUUGGCCAAAUGUUUGUGCUCUCUUUUUCCACCGAAACCUGGACUCUGUCGGUUUUCCUGUGUGCUGGACAUAAAGACGUUCAUUUCUACUUAGGGGUGGGCAAAGACGCAGAAAUGUAGGAGGUAAGCCUUCCUAGAGCUCUUUCGGGGAGUCUUCCCCCAGAAAUGGCCAAGAUCUCCCCCAGCCCUGCUAGACAGGCCCCAGGGGCGAGGGGUCAGGCUGUAGUAAGGUCUUUGCAGACGGCUAGGGAUGAACGAUUUCUCUCGUAAUCCUCGAGAAUCUGUGGUGGAGGGUAGACACGAGAGGAAAGCUGUUCUGAGACACGGCCGCUUAA